GUAAUCACCUGAGCCUGACUCAUGAUCACACAGAGUAGCGUCAGCUGACACAAACUCAACACUGUGCACAGAAUAUCGUGCGAUUCUGCAAAACGCAACAACCGAACCAGCAAAAUGCCGAUUUGCGGAGGGGCGAAGGAGCCAGAAGCGGCGACAGAAGAGAUCCAGGCUAUCUGCGAUGAGGUGAAGGCAGAGGUGGAAGAACAGGCAGGCGUGAAAUAUGAGACCUUCCGAGCAACGACCUUCAGCUCACAGGUGGUGGCAGGAACCAACUACUUCAUCAAGGUGGAUGUAGGUGGUGAGAAGUUUGUGCACCUGAGGGUCUUCAAGGGUUUACCACAUGCCCCUGGCCUCAAGGUCAGCGCUGUACAACUGGACAAGGGCAAGGAAGACCCCAUAGGAUACUUCUAGAUGUGCCUGAUGAUUCCAUCUACCAUGAGAGCUGCACAAAGAGGAACAACUUAUUUGUACCUGGUGGCUUCAUUAGUUGUGGCACAAUACAGAAAAUACUCAAUUCAGCUGGCAUAUUGUUAUGGUACUUACCCAGUAUGUUCUUCCAUAUUAAAUGUUAGACUCCUAAAUUCUGCUUCGAGAAAACUGUGUUAUUUUAUAAAAUAACGUAAAAUUGUCCUACCUUUUACAGUCUAUUGACCAGUGACUUCAGUAUGGAUUAAGCAGCAACUCAAACUUUCAGAACAAUAUUUACUAUCUGUUAAACUUAUAAGGAAUCAAUUUUUAUGAAUGUUCAAUCUGUGUCCUCAAUUUGCAU